AUGGUGUUUAUGCUGCUUAUCUGCGUCAGCAGUGACUACUUUCUCUUCCAGCAUGUGUAUCUACUAGACUACAAGCUUCUCCGUCACUUUGUGGAUUCAUUGGCUCAUGGCAGCGUAGCAUUUUGCUGCUGGGCAGUGUUCUUGCUCCAAACGGAGAAAUUUUCCGAGUCUGGAGACUCCACGCUGCAACUUGUAAGAAAGUGCUUUCUUAAUGGCAUCACCGCGUCGCUGCUAGACAUCGACCAUUUCAUCGCUGCUGGGGCUUUGAAUCUUGCUAAAGCAACCCAUUUGCAUGGCCGCCCAUUCGGCCACUCUGUCACCUUCAUCAUCGCGGUGGUAUGGCUCGUUACUCGGUACUCGAAAAAGUGUCAAGCUCGAAAGAGACGCAACCGAGUAAGCUUCAUCGUCGUGGCUUGGUUAAGUCACCAGCUUCGGGAUGGAAUGCGACGUGGAUUAUGGUUUUGGCCCUUUGGCUCGACACCUCCUAUCAAUUACUUUCUCUAUUUAUUUAUGGAGGAAAGUCUGCCUUUCAUAAUGGCGAAAUGGUGGAGUAGAAGAAGAUAUGGAUGGGUCGGACGAAGAAGAGAACAACAAUGA